CAGGACUGGUCUAUAGCGGCAUCUCGGUGUCAAACAAGGUCCAAACAAGGUCCAAGAUGUUCGCAACGUUGGCUCUCGUCUUUACAGCUCUUGCCUCGAAUGCCCUAACCACGCCUCUGCCUUUGGUUCGGAGAGUGCCAACAGGCCAGGUCAUCACCCAAUGCACAACACCAAACACCAUUGCCCUCACAUUCGACGACGGCCCGUCUGAGUACACGCCACAGCUGCUCGACCUGCUCAGCAGAUACUCCGCUCGCGCUACCUUUUUUGUCCUCGGCGAUGCAGCGGCGCAGAACCCAGGCCUUCUGCAACGCAUGCGCGACGAAGGACAUCAAGUCGGCGCACAUACAUACGACCACGUCUCCCUCCCCUCGCUGGGUUACGACGGAAUCGCCUCCCAGAUGACCCGCCUGGAGGAGGUCAUCCGUCCAGCGCUCGGGGUAGCGCCCGCGUACAUGCGGCCGCCGUACCUCGAGACUAAUGAGCUUGUGCUCCAGGUGAUGCGCGACCUCGAUUACCGUGUCAUCUCGGCAAGCGUCGACACAAAGGACUAUGAGAACCAGGAUGCAGACGCAAUCAUCAAUACGAGCUUUCAGCUGUUUUUAGACCAACUGGAUGCUGGUGGAAACAUUGUGCUGGCUCAUGAUAUUCAUUAUUGGACUGUUGCGAGUCUUGCAGAGAGGAUGUUGCAGGAGGUUAAUGCUCGAGGGUUGAUAGCUACGACUGUUGGUGAUUGUCUCGGUGAUGGAGAGAUUGCGUGGUAUCAUUGAGCUGGCUGCAUCUUCAUAGUGUAUAGCAUGGUUUUUCACCUAACUGUGAAUAGUUAGGGUUGGUCCGGGUAGGACUCACUUAAUGAGCUUAGCAUAUAUCAUGGGACUAGUAUAGCAGUCAAAAGGGGUAUAUGUCCCUUAAUACAAUAAUCUGAAAUA